AGGAAAAAUCAAGCUUGACAGACGUUAAUUUAUGGGUAUAUCAUUAUUUAUAGAUGUCUUACUAAUUAGGGAUCUAUCAUUGAUGUCUCGUUAAAACGAUUGUACCGCAUACCAAUAUCACGAUUUUUUUCGAUGGAUUGGAUCGAUAAUGCCGGUAAUAAUAGAUUUCUGUUUUACCAACUGUAUAUGAAUGUCGAUGUUAACAAAUGAAUGUUCUUGUUUACUGGCCGAGUAAGAACGUUGAUAAUUGUAAAUUUCUCUUUGACCGACCGAGUAAGAAUUUUGAUAUUAGCAGAUUCCUAUUGUACCGAUCGGUUUAAAAUGAUGAUGAUAAUAAUGUAUUCCUGUUUUACCGACCAGUUUAGAAAGUUAGUAAUGAUCGGUAUGGUUACAAAAAAAAACUGAAUCAGGAUAUGUUUAAAUCUAUCCAACUAAUCAGGGAAACAAUCAAUCCCCAGGAUUAUGUUCAUGCUCAUGAAAGAUGAACUAAAGAAUAUUUAUUUAGAUAUGAUUCAUGUUUCUCUCCCUAUAUUAUCACGAUUUUUCAGGACAAAGUUUUUCUUUUCAUAGGAUUGUCGAAUGCUCUAUAAUAGUGAUUAAGACACUAAACAAAGAAAAGGAUAUAUACCGAAGUGGCCGUCACAAAUUGUGACUCAAGGGGAUAAUUAUUAGAGUAUUGAGUUAUUUUCAAAGAUUCAUCAAAAUCUUUCGAGAAUAGAUAUAUUCAUUAUAUUUUAAUUUUACCACGUUGUCAAUCAAAAUGCUCUUAUGCUUUGGGAAUUAGAAUUUUCGAUAGCUCAUGUCAAACCCGGGAACACGGAUUUUAGAAUAGACUCACUAGUUAUUCUAACACUUGUAUAUUAAUUAAUUACUAAUUAAUUUCUAAUUAAUUAGCAUUGCAGAAACAACAUUCCUUGCUUACAUUUAUAGUUCACAUUUUGUCCGUAGCUAUGUCUCUGAAGUCUCACGCUUUCAACGGAAGGUGAUAAACAGUCUUAAUGUAAUUUCUUAUCGAAAGAUAAAACAUGAUUUUAGAUAUGCAAACAUAUCAGUAUAAAUAUUAAUAUAUAUAUAUAUUUUUAAAUUAUAAUAUAUAUAUAUAUAUGUAUAUACAUAUAUAUAUAUAUUAAUUCUUAUUUUUUGUGAAUAAAUUUUUGUAAAUUGCACGUAAAACUUAUCUAUUGAGUAACAUAUUUAUGUUGUAGAUAUUUUGUUUUUCUUUUUUAAUUUGACGCUUAUUAUGAAUUAUAUUCAUUUUAAUAUAAAAAAAAAAGUACAACAUUUAUAUAUAUAUAUAUAUACAUGUAUAUAUAUAUAUAUAUGUAUAUAGAAUAAUCUGAAAAUAAUCGUGUUUCUGUUAAUUGAAAUUAAUUUAGAAAUGAAUUAUAUGAUAUUUCAUAUUUACCGCGUAAAAUCUUAUCUCUUGGUAACAAUGUAGCAAACGCAGAUAACUUCAGAUAGAUCAUGUUAUAUACUACUAUGGAAGUAACCUUGUUAUACGUUGAAAUUUUGGAUAAGACCUAACUUAACAGGAGUAAGGUGAAACUAGGUUCAUUGGGAAGAUCUUUAAAUAUAAAUCAAUUCAUAUGAGCGGGUAAAAUAAUUCUACAUUAUGGAAGCUCAUGAAAAUGAACAAUAUGUUACAUUUCCACUUUCUGGAGUACAUGAUAAUAUUCAAGAAAAUAUAAUAUCACACGAAGAGAUAUGUGAACCUGUUGAUGAUUGUGUACUACAAGAUGGUUUAAAUGAAGUUCCUGUUAAUGAUGUUAAUACUGAUAUUCAAGAAGCUCAUGUUGCUGUCGAAAUUUUACCUGAUAGAUCGGAUGAGGAAGAUGAAAAUCGUAGCGUUUAUCCUAUAUAUAUCAAACAGGAGGAACAACAACAAUAUACUUCUGGCGAUGAUGAAUCAAUGGCUGUUGAAGCACUUCGUCAAUUAGGUGGCAUGUAUCCAUGUUUUGAAAAUAAAAAAGUCAGUUGUCCUAAUUGUGCUAAUUUGUUCACACAAAUUGAAUUUACCAAACAUCAGGGUACGUGUAAUAUAAGUAAGUUAUCAUGUCCAACAUGUGGAGAAACAUUUGAAAGGAAAAUGGAUUUAAAUAAUCAUAUGGUUUGUCAUCAAGUUGAUCGACCACAUGCAUGUAGAACAUGCGGUAAUUUGUUUCGUUCUAAAAGCAGUCUUCAAUCGCAUAUGUUACAAGUUCAUCAGAUAGAAAGACCUCAUAAGUGUACCAUUUGUGGUGCAGACUUUCAAAGACCAUCUAGCUUAUCAAAUCAUAUGAAAAUACAUACUUAUGUAGCUGGACGUGCUAUAAUGCAAUCAAGAGGAAAUAAUCAAUUAUCACAGUCUGUGGAUACAUUUAGAAAAUGGUCUGAAAAUAAUACGUCUGAAUCACAAAAUGUACCUGUUCCAUCUUCGACAGUUCAAACUGUACAAAAUUAUAACGCUUGUCAAGUUCAUUGGGCUGUUCCUGCUUAUACUUUUCAAAAUGAACAAUCGUCUACUGUCAAUACAAUUUCUAAUCAUGAUGAAAAAAUAGAUACACUGCAUGAAUUUAAUGUAUUACCUAAUGGUGAAGUAACACAAUUUGAAUAUACACAACAAAAUAAUAUGAAUAAUCAAAUCAAUCAACAAUACAGUUUAUCCCUUAAUACAUUUAAUAAUUCAGACAGUAUGGUCAAAGUUGAGGCACUUACAUAUAAUAAUGACAGUAGAAGAAAUUAUGUGGAUAUGGGGACAGAUGUUAAUAAACAGCAUACAUGUAGUCAUUGUGGUAUUAGUUUUUCAAGAGCAAUAGCAUUGGUAUCACAUGAAAAGAUUCAUACAUCUAAAAACUGGAUGCCCAUUGAAUGUGAAUAUUGUGAUAAACAGUUUCAAGAUGCAAAUCAUUUGGCAACUCAUCAAACUACUUGCACAAAAAAAAUUAUGCAGAAUAAUAUAGAUCAAGGUGUUUCAAAUAGUAAAUGGGGAAAACAUGCUUGCUCUGAAUGCGGAAAGAAAUUUACAACUAAACAGAAAAUGUUUAGGCAUCAAUGGAUACAUAGAAAGAAAACUCAUUGUUGUGAAGUUUGUGGAACACAAUUUGAAAAACAAAAUCAAUUAGAUAAGCAUAGAUUGUCGGCCCAUCCUGGUGAUUCACCAUUUACCUGUACGGAAUGUGGAAAAAGUUUUGUAUCACGUCAAGGUCUUUGGGAACAUGGUAGAACUCAUGCAGGAAGUCCAGCACAUUUUCAUUGUGAUACUUGCUCAAAAACUUUCUCCUCGCGACAAGGAUAUUUAAUUCAUCAUCGUACUCAUACAGGUGAAAGACCAUAUGGUUGUAAAUUUUGUUGGAAAGCAUUUAGAGAUGGUGGUACAUUAAGAAAACACGAACGAAUUCAUACAGGAGAAAGACCACACGUAUGUCCUUUAUGCUCUAGAGCUUUUAAUCAGAAAGUUGUUCUUCGUGAACACGUUCGAUGGGUUCAUGCUGCAGGAAAAAAUGAAACUGAAGUUACAGGACCACCUUAUCCUUGUCCUUUAUGCGGUGCUUUAAAUCAAGAUCGUGAUGAAUUGUGCGCCCAUAUUGUUAAACAUUCGGAUCAAAUGAUAGCCGAAGCAAAAGCAAAAACAAAUAAUAAUGCUCCUAAAUCACGACCUACGAGAAAAAAAACUAAAGCAUCUAUCGGAGAAGGUACGCAGGAGAAACAAAAUCUAGAUAAUAAUGAAAUUUCAAGAUUAGAGCAAAAUAAAGCAUUAUUAUCUAUAACAGAAGCAAUGGAUAAAACAGAGUGUCAACAAAUUGUAAAUGAUAAACAAAAUAAUACUUAUCUCGUGGUUACUGCUGAAAGACAUAAUGAAAACUUAAUUGCUAUAUCGGAGCUUAAACACAAUAAUGUAAGAUUAAUAUUAGAUGACAAACAAAAUGAAAAUGUGAAUAUAACACAGAAUGAUCAUGAUCGUGCAGAUUCGUAUUUAAUUACUAUGAAUAAACAAAAUGACACUACACAUAUUUUACCAGAUAAUAAUGCUCUUCGUGCUAUAACUACAACCAGAAACGAUGAAGUUGAUACAAUGCAUUUAAUACAAUCCUCUAAACAAAGUAAUACUUUACAUUUAUUAUCAAAACCAAAUGAGUCACUUCCCGUUCUGACAAUAAGUAAUAAUCCAGAAGAUCAUGAAAAUUAUUCUAGUCAAAUAGCGCAGAUAGGAAGUACCGAUCUACCUAUGGAUAUGGCUACACAUGAUACAUCUAGAGAAGAUCAGGCAAUAAAAAGUCACAAUGGGAAUAGGCAGGAAUCAUUAUUACACGAAGGAGUUUCUCAAGGAACAGUUAUACAAAUUGUUCAUUAUCAACAAGAUAGUGAUGAUGGAGAAGAACUAGUUUGUGGUAUAUGUGGGGAAGAUUUUACAGAUAAAAACAUAUUAAUGGAACAUGUUAAAAUUCAUAUAUAAUUAAAAAAAUAUUUUAAUUUUAAAAGAAAAGAUGGGAAUUAUUUGUUAUUAUAAUUAUUAUGUCAAAUUGGGAAUCAUCAUGAAUAAUAUAAUACUGCAUAGUAAUAGGCUCUGCACUGUUUUUCUAUGAGCUUUAAAAAAAAAUGCACUGUUUUAAUUAAUUGAGAUAAAGAUUGAUUUUACAUUUAUAAAAAAAAAAGAUUAUAUAUAUUAUAAAGGAUUAAUUCCAAGUAACACACACACACACACACACAAAUAUAUAUAUAUAUAUAUAUAUAUAUAUAUAUAUAUAUUAAAAUUAAUAUAUGUAUAUAUUAAAAGUACCUUAGUUUUUUCAUCAUAUAUGAUUUACCAUUGGUAAAAAUAACACGAGUGUAAAUAAAGACUUAUUAAAGGCAUUUAUAAUGUACAGCAUGACAAAGACAAAAAUAAAAUUGCCUUUUAUUUUAUAUAAUAA